CCAGGGAGUUGAGUAGAGUUGAGUAGAGUUGAAUCCCUUUGUUCUUCCUCCUCCUUGUUGUGCUUCUCCAGCCUCAAUAAUUGCCUUGCCCUGCUUCCCCCUUCGUCUCUUCCUCUCCUCCUCGCCGGGCUUCUCCAGUUGCGAUAGCUUGGUCAAAGGGCCUUCUCCUGCCCCUUUCUUCGAGGGGGCUCAUGAAGAGGCUAGCAAUUUUGAUUCUACUGCUAGUGUUGGUUGAUGCUGACAACAACAGCAUCAGAAAUGGUGCUGAGGGCUACUGCAAUUACAAACGAAGCUUGAAUCCGAGGCCACACAGUGUCACCAUAACAGAAUUUGGAGCGGUCGGAGAUGGUAAAACCUUGAACACGGUGGCCUUCCAAAACGCUGUCUUUUAUUUGCGGUCAUUCGCUGAUAAAGGAGGUGCUCAGCUCUAUGUUCCGAAAGGGAAAUGGCUCACUGGAAGCUUCAACCUAAUCAGUCAUCUUACUCUCUUCUUGGAGAAGGAUGCAAUAAUUGUUGGCAGUCAGGAUUCGUCUCAAUGGCCUAUCGUAGAACCGUUACCCUCUUAUGGUCAAGGGCAAGAUCUUCCAGGGCAACGACAUCGUAGCUUGAUAAAUGGGUAUAACUUGACCGACGUAGUGAUAACAGGUGACAAUGGAACUAUUGACGGGCAGGGUCUUAUUUGGUGGGAAUGGUUAAACUCCCAGACUCUGAACUAUAGUCGGCCACAUAUUCUUGAACUUGUGAACUCUAUUGAUAUCGUUGUUUCGAAUUUAACUUUCUUGAAUUCUCCCGCAUGGAGCAUCCAUCCAGUCUACUGUAGCAAAGUCGAGAUCCAGAACAUAAUAAUCCAUGCUUCAUUUGAUUCUCCAUUUACUAACGGCAUAGUCCCGGAUUCCUGCUCGAAUUUAUGUAUCGAAGACAGUAGUAUUGAAGUUGGACAUGAUGCCAUUGCUAUUAAAAGUGGUUGGGACAACUACGGUAUCACUUUCAGUACACCUUCAACCGACAUCCAUAUUAGAAAGGUCCAUUUGCAGACACCUCUUGGUUCGGCACUUGCUUUUGGAAGUGAGAUGUCUGGUGGAAUCUCACUUGUAUAUGUUGAGCAUCUAUACAUUGGCAACUCUUUAACCGGAAUAAACUUCAAAACCGCCCCUGGGCGUGGUGGCUUCAUAAAAAACAUCGUCAUAUCGAGCUUGGAAAUGGAGAAUGUGCACAAUGCAUUUUGGUUCACUGGUAACUCUAGUCGCCAUCCCGAUGAGCAGUAUGAUCCAGAUGCUCUCCCAGUCAUCCAACAAAUUACACUAAAAAAUGUGGUCGGCACCAACAUCUUCACAGCUGGAUUCUUUUCAGGAAUUGAAAACGAUCCCUUCACCGGUAUUUGCCUUUCAAACAUCACACUGUCCAUUACAUCAGACCUCCCCUUUUCUUGGUCUUGUUCAAAUGUUUCAGGAUACUCCGAAUCAGUCUUUCCUAGUCCAUGCUCCGACCUCACUUCAAACUCUUCCCUCUUCUGCUUCUCACUCGAAGACUUCAGCACUCUCUCAGAUGCUUAAUAAACACUUGCCUCAGCAGUUAUCAUAUUCAUUUCAGCCCUCAUGUACAAUCAUCAAACUCGAGCCUCACUCCCGUUGUUGCUUAUUCUUCUUCCUGCAAUAAAUCCCCCGAAACCAAGAUCCUUUUCCUCUGUCGAUCAUCGAGUCAAUGUUUGUUCCCGUGUCAACCUCACCGUCUGUCUUGGCUCUAAAAUGAAACGAGGGUUGCUGGCAUUAGAGAUGGCAAUGUGCAUUCCUUGUACAGUUAAAUUUCUUCAUUCAAUCUGUAAGCAAAAUUUUUGGUAGUGGUUGGAAUCCAGACCUUGCAUUUCUUAUUCGAUGCGGCAUCUUAUUUUGUGAUGUUACAAACAUGAGCGAUUGGAAUCGAGCUAAAAUGGCUGGUA